AUGGCACAAAGGACCAUCGAAGAAACAGUGCACGCUUUUGUUGAACGUGUUUUUUCUGUUUGGAGUGGUCUGCAGCUCGCUAUAGAUCAGUCGAGCGCUGGAUCUGAAACAAGAGAGAAAUACUUGGUUUGCUCAUGUUUUCAAUAUUUUGCGUACAAUUUUUUUUAGUGGCUGGUAAACGUCACCAGUGAGCAUAUAAUUUCUACUCGUGGAUUAGGAGCUGAAGACUUGGAAGAAUGGUUAGCCACUAUUCUGUACCACGAUUUUGAUCUUAUUUUGGAGGAUGAUAGCGUGUAUGGUACAAGUUAUCUCUUGCUCGAAGCGUAUGGGUAUGCGACGUUUUUCGUUGCGAUAAAUUAUUAUUAUAUUUUACAGGUAUAUCAAGCACAAUGAUGAAUCUAGACUGAAUCAGCUCAUUGCUGGUGAGGCUUCAUGGUUUUUUUUUUUGCAAAUUCUCGUAUACAGUAUAAUAAAAAAUCGUGUUGGGUUUUUCGGACAAGCAAAGAAAACUUUCGGAAAAUGUUUAUGUUUCAUUUCAUGUAAGUCAACGUAAAUGCAUCUUCAAAAAACAAGAGAGAAUAUUUCUGAAAAGUUUAUUUUCUGGUGUAACCUCGAUAACUGCCAAAAUAAGAAUCAAUUUCAAACAAAUGAUGUGUUUGCAUCUCGAUAAAACUUGCUUCAAAACGCGUUUAAAAUAACCAAAUCUCCCAUAAUAGAAAAAAAAAGAAAAUUAACUAAUAUCGAUUUCGGCGACUGUGAGUCAACUUGUGUUAUCUAAUAAAAUUCCUCAUCUUUCAGGUCUUCCUACGCCUCAGCAAGUUUCUGAAGCAAACAAAAGUUCACGCCGUGAAGGUAACGACGAAGAUGACGUUGAUAUGGACGCAAUUUCUUCAGGUUUGCAUAUUUAAUAUACUUCAAGGUGCAAACUACGUUCACCCAUAUUUGGGGACAGGAUUACAUCAAUCAAUUUCCAUACUUUUUUUCAAGUUUCAGGCGACGAGGAAGAAGAGGAUCAAGAAGACAAGCCGGAAAGGACAAAGUUGCAGCACGUAACCGACAGCGACGGAUGGACCACGAUUGUCCGCAAGUAAAGAUAUUCAUUCUUUUGCCGCCAUAUCGUCGUACAGAGUUAAAUUCAAUUUUUUCGAGAGAGUUCAUGAGGUUUUCAUUCUUUCGGGGCGCAAACUUUUCAAUUUUGAUUUUGCAUGUAAAUCGUCAUGAAAGAUUAAAUGCGAACCUAAAUAAACUUGGGAAUGUACAUUCUAGCGAGAUUAGAGGUACAUAGAGUGCAGGUUUCUAAAUGAAAUGACUUUGUUCGACGUUUUUGCUUCGUUUUUCUUGAUUCCGAACAACAUCGAUGAAGUUAUUCUUAUUAAGUAUGUGAUAUGGGUUUUCCUACCAUUGAAUUUGUUUUCAUGAAAUAUGAUUUUCCGCGAAAAACUAGAACCCGGUGCACUUCCGGUUGAAAUAAUUUCGACCUCUGUUGUAAUUUUAUUCAGUUGUUGUUGCUCCUGUUUUUGUUGUUACUGAAGUUUGGAUAAAUAUUUCGCACCUGACUGCAGAUUUCGUCAGACUCAUUAUAAUGACAUAAUAGCCCAGGGGAAUGUUUUGAGAUCUCGAAUUGUCGCUUCGCUGAGAAAUCUCCCCUGGCAACCGCCGAUAAGAGACCUCAGAGCUACUUUUUUACCUGUUUUCCUUUCAUGGGCUCUUCAUUAUUUUGUACUUCUUCUUUAAUGAGUCCAGUGGGUUGGCGGCAUUCUCUUCAUUCAUCUUCAAAAAGAAGUUCAGUCAUCAAUAAAAAAAAUGUCUUUUUUUGUUUUCAGUUAUUCUGAAUAAUUUGAGACUGUUUUUCGAAUGAAAUCGUGCUGGUGAAAUAAUAAAAAAAAACCAUAGAAGAAAAAAAGACUUGUAAAAGCUGCAAAAUCUGCUUUAGAAUCUUAGAGCUCUCUAAUUGGCGCGUGGAAUCUCGCUCGGGAGAAUAACAAGCAUAAGAGGAUUUUAUAAUUGCUCGAUGGGAAAAGGAAGUUGGAAAGUGAACGCGGCUUUCACGAUGUUAUUUAUUUGGAGCCUACAGAACUGACGGUUCUCGACGAAAGUUUUGUAGUUUUACCAGAUGGCACAAGAAAAUCUUUGGGGACAUUGAGGAAAAAAGCUUAGAUUUUUACUUUUUUUAUUUGAAGAACGUAGAAUUCCGCACUAUCGUCAAAAAACACCUUUUAUCAAGUUAAAAUGGGACAAAUGCAAUUUUGACACGCCAAAUUUUGAUUCAGGAAAAAAUGGUUGGUUUUUCAAAUUUUACAGUGAAAUUCUCAAGUGAGAUGUAAGUUCUGCGACUUUGACUUCUGUCUUCAUUCUCCUCGCGAUUCUGAUCCGGUGACAUUAUUGCAACGCCGUUUCAGCCUGGUCAGACGAUUCGGGAGCUUGAAGGAAAACGAAGAAUCUCGACUGUGGGGAAGACGGUCAGCCGUUUGGCAAGUGAGUCAGCUGGGAGACUCUGCGUCUCUGUCGGCGAGCCCUCGAGUCUGGCCGUCUGUCAGCUGAGGUGUGCAGAGCCGCGAGUCUGCCCAGCUUCUGCUCAAUCAUAUUUUUAUCACGGCUCCAUCCUGCUACGUUCUUUCUGGUCGUCAUCGAGUUGAGGUCUGUUGCAGGAGACUGAAGGAAGUGAUCGGCACCUGAAAAGGUGAAAUGAGCGUGGGAACGUGCUCAGUGGCAGAGCUGCAGACGGCUCUGGGGGAAGCCAGCAAGCAGACUCACCAACUCUGGGAAGAGAACAAAGACCUUCAGGUCCGUUUGUUUUUUCCGCUCUCUUCUCCUUUUCGCGGCAACACCCAGCCUUUUUCCUUUCAACCUUUGUUCGCAUCUCUUCAUAUCUUUUUCUCCCAUUACGCUAUAUGAUGAAACAUCAUUUUCCCUUCCCAGAGAAUAGGUCAUGAGACUUUCGCAUUAAACUGCGAAACCCAGUUUCCUGUUGAUAUUACGUUUCUAUCGUGGAAAAGUGUGUAAAAAUCAAAGAAUAACUUGGUGGAUCCCUCUUAAAACACAAUUCAAAUUUUCUACCAGAAUUACUGAUAUACCCACUGACCAAGUCGUGAUAAACGAGGUGUAUUUCACUGCAGAUAAACGAAGAGAACCAGAGAUGAAAGAACUCAUUAGAAGGCUUUUAUUUUUAAAUUUGAAACUUGAUCUCUUGGUUGAAAUAUAUUAACUAUUUUUUUCACUCUAGACAAAAAUUUCUGAUCCAUAUUUUGAGCCCUAAACUCAAAGGAGCCUCGAAAAAUAUACAAUUCCUAGCAAUUAUAAACAGUCUUGAAAUUCAAAUCAUUCGGAUUGCACUUCUGGAAGUAUUUCGCAUUGAAAACGAAAAAAAAGGUUUUAUUUUUGAAGGGUCGUUUCGUGAAUGAUCUCUCUGAGCUGCAACGGAUACAACUUGCCAUCACACAGUUGGAAAACGAACGUCGCACGGAUCAGCUUCAACAUGUUCGUUUCUUUUGAAGUCGCUCAGGGAGGGUUUCAUUCAGAGGAGUUACUUUGAACUGGAACUUUUGGAAAAAAAAAUCAAGAAAGUCCUGUGAAUUCAUCUCGAGGUAGCACUUUCAAUCAGAGACAAAGUUAGGAGCAGACUCAAUGUUAUGACGAAGGAGGUAUAUCCUCGCAGGCAGUUCUUUGUCAGAUUUUCAGGCUGUCAUUUUCUUUACAACGUCUUAUUUUUCUCCUUGCAAAAUUUGUAGUGAGACCCAUUUCGUGGGGAAAAUAAUCUUAGUAAUCUACAAAUCGGCUGGGAAAUAGUCAAAAUAAGAAGAUAAGAAGUUUUAUGUGUGCUGUUUUUCACUAUGUGUAAAAACUGUUUAAAAAACACAAUUUUUGUCUUAUAAUCUGAGGGAGGAUAAAACAUGAGAAGAAAGAUCGAUUGCUAACAAUUUGAGGGUAUUUUCCCUUUCUCUUGGCAAUUAUGUGAAAAAUGAGCCCGAAACUCUGGAAAAAAAGACGAAUUACCUGAAAAAGCGACGUUCACAACUUCGAAUUUUCGAAAAAGUAUCCCACGGUUUUCAUUUUGCUGUUAAUUGGAGUUUCGAGACAAUUUUUAUGACCUUGCUAGCUUCUUUUCUUUGAUUGAGAACGAACCUGUAGUGCCCGCCUUCAGGCACGGCAUUCUUUGGCAGAAGUGCAACGGAGAGCGUCGUCCAUCUACGAGAUGCUCACCGCCAAAAGAGCCGACAUCGUCAAGAAGCUCAACGACGGCACCAACUUCGUAGCUCUGCUGCAGGUCCGAGUUCAGCCAGUUGUCCAAUACUCCUUCCACAGAAUCAAUUGAUCACGGAGCGGCUUUUUGAGUGGAAGAACCGGCAGAAGCUCGCCCAGGUCGGUCUCGUGUUCGACGAUCGGGACGCCACACUCGACGAAAUUCAGAUUGAGUUCGUUUUCGAUUACAUGUUGCACAUUUGUUUUUAUUUGUAUCAAAUUUUACAAGUGUCAUUUUUGUAGGUUUUUAGCUCGUUGUAUCUAUUACUCACUGUGCGUUUUUUUUUGGAAAAAAUCCAAAUCCUGUAAAAGAGUUUUCUCGUGUCAUUCUGCAUCAGAAAAAUAAUAAGGACCGAAAAAAUUAAUAAGUCGAAGCUUAAAAUACUUCUUGAAAAUAAAAAAAAAUUAGGUUUUCCUAAAACAUUUUUGUUUGAUUAUUUUUCGAAACUGCCUGCUUCUGGGCAUAAUAAUGUUUAUGUGAAGUUUUGGAAUUUGGUUCUGAAAAAUGUGGAGCUUCUUCUAGAUUCGAGUUCCUGGCAGAGCAGAACUGGCAACUGCACAUGUUCACGUGCUGGAUGUUGGAUCUUCUUCGCAGAGGUUGGUCUAUUCCUUACCUCACUCGGGAAAAAAACCCCUUAUCCAGUACACAUUUGAGCCCCUCAUGUUCUCAAAAUUUUGUGAGUAAAUUAUCUAUUCAAGGCGUGUCGGUUUGGACCAUCUAUGACCCUUAUUUUUCUUUCGAGUCAUCAACCGUUGUGGCCUCCCGGCUAUGAAUUUCGAAAGAUUAUUUGAAGACGAAAGAGUUUUUCUCGGGUUUCAGGUCCUCAGCUCAACGACAACAACGCACAGACGACCGCGGCCAACAUGUCGACGCUCAUGGACCAACUCACGAAACUCCUCUUCAUGCUCGUUUCUCAGAGCUUCGUUGUUUCGGUGCAACCCGAACCCGUCCUCAAGACCCAACAUAAAUUUGUCACCGAGGUUUUUGCAAAUAUAUUCAUGCCGCACCAAAAAUGUUCUGAAGGUGAGACUUCUGAUUGGCGAAAAACUCGGGAUCCGACAGCACCUGGUCAACACAAAUGUGACGGUGAAAAUAAUCGCCGAAGAAGAGGCGAAGCAGCUGAGCUCGACGCACGUCAACCACAAGGACAUGUUCGUUGAGGAACACGUGCAGAUGACGACUUUUUCGUUCAGAAAAACAGUAGGAACCAUCAGCAACGAUUUCGAGAAGAUGACGAUGGAUGAGCGAAAUCACAUGGCCGCAAAGUUCAACAAUUCGGUUUGUUUCAUUAAAAUCUCCACAAAUAUCUUUUAAUGUUUGGAUUUCUCUUUUUUUUACAAAAUAUUUUAAAGUGUUUUUUUAUUUGGACCCCUGCUGUUACUUGUUUAAUUCUACAUGGUUAUGGUCUAUCUUUUUUCAAGCUAUAUAAAUUAUCCGUUAACCAAAGUUUAUCAAAGUCUAUAUUACUUACUUACUUACUUAGAUACUUAGAUGGUCCAUCUUCGCUUUCGACAUUUUAUUGCCUUUUAGUGCCUUUUAUUGAUCGAAGCGUGGACCACACGUUUUCCAGGAGAUCUUAUGCAAUCGGUCAUCCAGUGUUGUCGUCCUGGUUGACUGCUAUUCUUGCGAAAAAAAUCCAUCCGUGGUGUUGAACGUGUUAUAGCAUAAUUGUGGUCUUAUUAUCCUUUUUGCCUUGCCAGGGCUAAAAAAGACCGCCCAUUCUGUUAGCAGAAGCAAGCCGAAUUGCGUGACCGGUGUACCGUUAGCCGCCAUAAAUGGCGUUGCCUCCCCAUCACCGCGUAGAGGUGGUACUUGAAGGGGAGCUGUCAGUCUAUAUUACUAUUCAUAUAUAUAUUAAUUUUUUUACAUUUGUCACAAACUUUGAAAAAAAUUUAAGAAAUUGACGAGAAUCGCUCAUCGAAAAACCUCCGCCAAAAGGCGCCACGACGGACUUGAAAUGCUCGUCCAGCAUGCAGGUGUCCCUCCGCAAAAUAUUCUUGUAUAAUGGUAUUUUUAGGCGGCGACAGAUCAAAAGUACGCUCUUCUCUUCCACAUCAGCACUUUCCAGCUGGGCAACCUGGGCAAGGUGUGUCUGACUAGGAUGUUUCGUAUGUAGCAACCGGUCAAAUCUCUGUUUGAUUAUUUUAUAAGAAAACUGCUGAGAACUCACUUGGAACCCGCUUUUAGUCUCUAUUCUAAGCGUUGAAAAAUUGAAAACGCAGUUAGAAAGUAUCUCAUUUUGACGAAAAAAUUUGCAAAAGCUUGAAAGUUUCGUAAAUUUGGGAGUCGUAGAUUGAUUUUAGUUUGA